CUUAUAAACAGUGGAACUAUGAUAACAUACCAGGGAAUUACCAGGCUGCUAGAACUGGCAUGCACACACCAACAUGACAGCACAACUAUUGAUUUUUGAUUUCAAGGGGGCUGGUUGGCUCACCCUCUGCAUUAGCCACGGCUCUCCCACUUCCGUCCAGAGGGUGGUUUUCCACACGGCGUGAUGUAGCCAAGGGUCUCACUGCCUGGGAUUUAUGUACUUUCAGUUGCUGCUAAAGCUCUUCUAUUUGCCUUGGCUGUUGGAGCAGCGUACUUCAAGCUUCUGCUUUAGAGCUCUUCCUUAUUCAGCACUUGUUACCAGGAGAAGGCAGGGAAGCCCGCCCCUGCAGCAGGCGAGAUGAAAUGAGUGCCUUUGCCCAGAUUUUAAAGGAGACCGACACCUGCCAAUUACUCCGAUAUGACUAUACAGCUGUGUUUUUGAUAACCCCUCCUUGGAAGCAAAGAUCAGAAAGCCUGAGGUGAAGAGGGAAGUAAGAACAAAGCUCCUGCAGAGAGUAAGCAUGGAGAGGUACCUCCUAAUAUCAUUGACUUCAUGUUUAUUCUGGAACACAUUUGGCUUCAGUGCAGCUGUGGACUCUAAACCCAACAUACUUCUGUUUCUGGCUGAUGAUCUUGGCAUUGGAGAUAUAGGUUGUUAUGGGAACAAUUCCAUAAGGACCCCAAACAUUGACCGCUUGGCAAGAGAAGGAGUGAAGCUUACUCAACACAUUGCUGCAGCUUCGCUUUGCACUCCGAGCAGAGCAGCUUUCCUCACUGGCAGAUACCCCAUUAGAUCAGGGAUGGCAUCCAGCAACAGGUACCGAGCGCUGCAGUGGAACGCUGGGUCAGGAGGGCUCCCUGCUAAUGAGACAACAUUUGCCAGGCUGCUGCAGCAACAAGGCUACACCACUGGACUGAUAGGAAAGUGGCAUCAAGGUGUAAACUGUGAAUCCUUCAAUGAUCACUGUCACCAUCCUCUCAAUCAUGGGUUUGACUACUUUUAUGGAAUGCCUUUAACACUUCGAAACAACUGUCAAAAUAGACCUCCAGACCUGGAUGCAACCCUUCAAGCUAAGCUUUGGCUUUACAGUCAGAUAAUUACCCUUGCUGUGCUCACUCUUACUGCUGGAAAACUGACUGGUUUGAUUUCCAUCCGCUGGAAGACAAUUGCCUGUGUUACUUUGGUGGGCAGCCUUUUCUUCAUUUCUUGGUAUUCCAGUUAUGGCUUUGUGCAGUAUUGGAACUGUAUCCUGAUGAGGAACCACGAUGUCACUGAGCAGCCAAUGAGGUUAGAGAGGACUGCUUUCCUCACGCUGAAGGAGGCAAUAUCAUUUAUCAAAAGAAACAGGCAAGGACCAUUCCUACUCUUUGUUUCCUUUUUACAUGUUCACACCCCCCUCUUUACCACGGCAAAAUUUCUUGGGAAGAGCUGUCAUGGUUUAUAUGGAGACAAUGUAGAAGAAAUGGACUGGAUGGUGGGAAAAAUUCUGGAUUUGCUUGAUGAAGAAGGUUUGAAAAAUCAUACAUUCACAUACUUUGCCUCUGAUCAUGGAGGACACUUGGAGGCUCAGAAUGGGUCUGCCCAGCUAGGUGGCUGGAAUGGUAUUUAUAAAGGCGGAAAAGGCAUGGGAGGCUGGGAAGGAGGGAUCAGUGUGCCAGGAAUAUUUAGGUGGCCAGGAGUACUACCUGCAGGCACAGUUAUAGAUGAACCUACAAGUCUUAUGGAUAUUUAUCCCACAGUAGUUCAUCUGGCUGGAGGAAUACUGCCACACGACAGGGUGAUUGAUGGACAAAACUUGCUGCCUUUACUGCAAGGAAGAGCUCAAAAGUCAGAUCAUGAGUUUCUAUUUCACUAUUGUGGGUCCUACUUGCAUGCAGUGCGGUGGCACCAAAAGGACAGUGGAGCUAUCUGGAAGGCUCAUUUUGUGACUCCAGUCUUUCAUCCACCUGGAGCUAGAGCUUGUUAUGGAAAAAAAAAUUGCCCGUGUUUUGGGGAAGGUGUGACCCACCAUGACCCUCCAUUGCUGUUUGAUCUCUCACGAGACCCUUCUGAAGCCAAACCUCUCUCGGCUGACACUGAGCCCCUCUUUGACACUGUCAUAAGGACGAUUGGAAGAGCCAUCGAAGAGCAUCACAGGACACUGACUCCAGUCCCAGAGCAGCUCUCUGUGUACAACGUGGUGUGGAAGCCGUGGCUGCAGCCAUGCUGUGGGACAUUCCCAUUCUGCUGGUGUGAUAAGGAAGGAGACAGCACACGAAUUCUGUGAGGUGUGUGUUCUAGUGACAUGUUCUGUGGCACUGAGUCCUCUGCUGACAAAGCUCUCAGAUAAUAAUUGUGUUAUUUCUUUCUCUGGGAAGCAAAG